AUGAUCGCUAUUGGACUCGAGGGUUCCGCCAACAAGCUGGGGGUGGGCGUCCUUCUGCACCCCGAUGACGGCAGCACCCCGCAGAUCCUUGCGAAUGUCCGUCACACCUAUGUAUCUCCUCCCGGUGAGGGCUUCCUCCCCAAGGACACUGCACGGCAUCACCGUUCCCUGGUGGUGAAGCUCGUUAAAGAUGCUCUCAAAGCUGGAAAUGUGUCUGUUGCCGAUGUCAACUGUAUCUGCUACACCAAGGGUCCUGGAAUGGGGGCACCUCUUCAGAGCGUUGCACUGGCCGCUCGCAUGUUGAGUUUAUUAUGGGGGAAGCCAUUAGUAGGCGUGAAUCAUUGUGUCGGACAUAUCGAAAUGGGAAGACUCAUUACCGGUGCCACGAAUCCCGUCGUCCUGUAUGUCUCCGGUGGUAAUACACAGGUCAUCGCAUACAGCUCUCAGAGAUAUCGCAUAUUCGGCGAAACGCUCGACAUCGCAGUAGGAAACUGCCUAGACCGUUUUGCGCGAACGCUACGAAUCUCCAACGAUCCAGCACCAGGAUAUAACAUCGAGCAACUGGCCAAAAAGGGGAAGCAGUUGGUGGAUCUCCCAUACACAGUUAAGGGCAUGGACUGCUCAUUUUCUGGCAUUCUGGCCGCCGUUGAUGGGCUGGCGGAAACGUACGGUUUCCGUGGGAAAGAGAGCGCAGAUGAUGAUAAUGACGACGACAUUUCCACAAAUAAUACGAAUGAUGAUUCGAAGCCUACACGUGCUGAUCUCUGCUUCUCGCUCCAGGAGACUAUCUACUCCAUGCUCGUCGAGAUCACUGAACGAGCGAUGGCACAUGUCGGAUCCCGGGAGGUUCUGGUUGUCGGCGGCGUGGGCUGCAACGAACGGCUGCAGGAGAUGAUGGGGAUCAUGGCCCGUGAUCGCGGUGGCAGUGUAUAUGCCACCGAUGAACGGUUCUGCAUUGACAAUGGCGUUAUGAUUGCACAGGCAGGUUUGCUUGCGUUCAAGGCCGGGCUUACCACUCCAUUGAAGGACUCGACCUGUACACAACGAUUCCGGACCGACGACGUGUUUGUAAAGUGGAGAGAUUAA